CUCCCGGGGCUUCUGGGUUUGGAGAGUUUGGGGAGCGGAGACACCCCCCGAGGCUCCUCUGCGUUCGGACCCUAUUGCGAGGGCGGGAGUGGGGCGAAGCUCCAGAGGUGGGACCCUCUCCCUUCAGCAGUUCCUCCUGACUUCAUGAUUCUGCCCCUCUUCUCGUUGCAGGUCACACCGACAAAUCCGAAGCGGGUUUGCCAGGGGAGUGUACCCGUCUCCCCGGCCUGGGGAGUGUACCCGUCUCCCCGGCCUGGGCCACCCGGCCCACAGGGAUCCCAUUUCCGGCCCUACACUCCGCUGCACGAUCCCAUCCAGGCGCUGCAGCUGUGCAGCUGCUCUGCAGGCUGCAGGGACGCGCUGAGACUAAUCCCCAGACGAGGUGAUGGCUGGACCGGCGGAGGAGGCGGGAGCCCAUUGUCCCGAGAGCCUGUGGCCUCUGCCCCCGCAGGUGUCACCUAGAGUGACCUACACACGAGUGAGCCCAGGGCAGGCUGAGGAUGUCACCUUCCUCUACCACCCCUGUGCCCACCCCUGGCUGAAGCUCCAGCUUGCCCUCCUGGCCUACGCUUGUAUGGCUAACCCCUCCCUCACCCCUGACUCCAGCCUCACGCACGAUCGGCCCCUGGUACUGACUGCAUGGGGGUUGGCGCUGGAGAUGGCCUGGGUAGAGCCAGCCUGGGCUGCCCACUGGCUGAUGAGGAGGCGGAGGAGAAAGCAGAGGAAGAAGAAGGCAUGGAUCUACUGUGAAAGCCUUUCAAGGCCGACUCCCUCCGAGCCAACCCCCGGUAGAGGGAGGCUGUGCCAGAGAGGGUGUGUGCAGGCCCUGGCUCUGGCCUUCGCUCUGCGGAGCUGGCGGCCUCCUGGCACAGAGGUGACAUCUCAAGGGCCCGGGCAGCCCUCUCCCAGUGGUGCCAAGAGGCGGAGGCUGCGGGCUGCCCUUGGUCCCCAGCCCACUCGCUCAGCCCUGAGGUUUCCUUCUGCUUCCCCAGGGAGCUUGAAGGCCAAGCAGUCCAUGGUGGGAAUCCCUGGUAGGGAGAGUAAUGGCCCAUCUGUGCCCACUGUCUCCUUGCUGCCGGGGGCGUCUGGAGGCAAUGCCAGCUCCAGGACAGAGGCUCAGGUGCCCAACGGGCAAGGCAGCCCAGGGGGCUGUGUCUGUUCAAGUCAGGCUUCCCCGGCUCCUCGCGCAGCAGCGCCUCCACGGGCAGCCCGGGGCCCCACCCCACGCACUGAAGAGGCCGCCUGGGCUGCCAUGGCCCUGACCUUCCUGCUGGUGCUGCUCACCUUGGCCACGCUCUGCACACGGCUGCACAGAAACUUCCGACGCGGGGAGAGCAUCUACUGGGGGCCCACAGCGGACAGCCAGGACACAGUGGCUGGUGAGGAGUUCCCUCCCUACCCGAGGCCCCCGCCCCACCUCGCGUCGCCCGCAGCGCCCCAUAGCUUCCCUGCCCUCCUGCCCUUGACUGCUCGGCGCCCGGCCCACAGCUGUGCUGAAGCGGAGGCUGCUGCAGCCCUCGCGCCGGGUCAAGCGCUCCCGCCGGAGACCCCUCCUCCCGCCCACGCCGGACAGCGGCCCGGAAGGCGAGAGCUCGGAGUGACGGCCUGGGACCUGCCACUGUGGCGUGCGGCUCCUCCCCGCGCCGCGAGGCCGCGACCUCUGCCACGUGGACCGCGCGCGGGGCGCCCCCUGGUGGCGGUGGCGUGGCACUGGCCGGGCACCGCGGGGGCUUUCCUCCUCGUUGGUUGCUGAGUGGGCGGCCAAGGGGAGAAAAGGAGCUGCUUUUGCCUCCCUUGCCAAAACUCUGUUUCUAAUUAAAUUAUUUUUAGUAGA